GCUUCUGACUCCAAGAUAGACAAUUAGACAUUUUGUUAUCUGUUUUGUUGGUGCUAGCAAGUUGUUUAAAAAGUAUAUCUCUGGUUCUCUGACUUCAGCAAGAUAAGGAAAAACGAUAAUGACCUAAUCUGAAAAUUUGCUUACAUCGGUGUUACAUUACAUAGAAAUCGCACAUAUUUCGAAAAUCAUUACCAGAACAGUUUCCAAUGAUUAUACACAAUGUGGGAUAGUUAAUUGUCAACAAAACAUGAAAUAAUCAUAUCACUAUGACAGAAAGCAUUACCACACUCACUGCUCCUAUUUCUCUAUCAACAUAUCAUCAGCUGAGUUUAACUGUUGAAUCAGCAAGUAUUCGAAACUCUGGACUUUUUAAACCCAAUCCCUACUUGCAACUUAUAAUAGAUGACAAUAUUUCAAGAAGAACUGAGGUUUUGAAAAACACAUUACAACCAAAAUGGAAAGAGGAAUUCACAGUUUUAGUGACUCCCCUGUCACAAAUAGUAUUCCGCCUGGCCGACCACCAUAGCUUCAGAAAGGAUCAUAUCAUUGGCGAGAAGAGAAUAAAUUUAUUGAAGAUUCUUCUUUAUGUAAAUGGAAAAUGUGAAAAUGUGGAAUUAACUCUGGAUUUGAUGAAGACUGUUUCGCAGGAGAAUGCUUCUAACACAAAUACUGAAGUUAAAGCUGCUGAGUUAGUACUACUAUUAGAUGGUUUGAGAAUAGAUCCAGCUAUUUUAACUCAAUCACAUGAAGUAUUAGGAGAAUCUAAUAACUCUCGAAGUCCUCUCAGUGAUGGUAUUCGAGCUAGGAUUAGAUUAAGAAAUAAUACAGAAAGCCAGAGGUCUGUAGUUCAUCUCCGAAAUUUACGCCCACCGCCAGGGCCGCCGCCACUGAGUAACGGCGCCGGGGUCGCGGGUGCGCUGGACGGCGGCGCCGGCCCGUCGCGCCAGGAGGACACGCCGGCCGCGCCCGCCCCCUCCCCCUCCCCCUCCGCCGCGCCCGGCACCACCGCCGCGCCAGCCGCAGCCGCCGCUGCCGAGGAGCCGCUGCCGCCGGGUUGGGAGAUGCGAUACGACGUUUAUGGCAGACGAUACUACGUGGAUCACACCACGCGGUCGACGUCGUGGGAGCGGCCGCAGCCGCUGCCGCCGGGCUGGGAGGUGCGGCGCGACGCGCGCGGGCGCGUGUACUACGUGGACCACAACACGCGCACCACCACGUGGCAGCGGCCCGACACGGAGCGCCUGGCGCGCUUCCAGCACUGGCGCGGCGAGCGGCGCCACGUGGUGGCGCAGGGCAACCAGCGCUUCCUGUACCCGCAGCCCGCGCCGCCGCCCGCGCCCGCGCCCGCGCCCGACCACGAGCCCGCGCCAGCUGCCACUGAGAGCGAGCGCGCUGCAGGCGGCGCGGGCGCGGGCGCGGACGAGGCGCUGGGCGCGCUGCCGGCCGGCUGGGAGCGGCGCGUGCACCCCGACGGCCGCGCCUACUUCGUCAACCACAAGAACCGCACCACGCAGUGGGAGGACCCGCGCACGCAGGGACAGGAAAUAAGCGCGCUGGAAGAGGCUCUCCCGCCCGGCUGGGAGAUCAGGUUCACGGAGGAGGGCGCGCGCUACUUCGUGGACCACAACACCCGCACCACCACAUUCCAGGACCCGCGGCCCGGCGCGCCCAAGGGCGCCUACGGCGUGCCGAGGGCUUACGAACGCUCCUUCAGAUGGAAACUUAGUCAAUUUAGAUAUUUAUGUCAGAGUAAUGCAUUACCGAGUCAUAUAAAAAUUACCCUGUCGCGGCAGACUCUCUUUGAGGACUCCUAUCAUCAGAUUAUGAGACUACCUGCAUACGAACUUCGGAGACGAUUGUAUAUAAUUUUCCGCGGUGAAGAGGGUUUAGAUUAUGGUGGAGUUAGUCGCGAAUGGUUUUUCUUACUAUCACAUGAAGUUCUUAAUCCGAUGUACUGCCUCUUUGAAUAUGCAAACAAAAAUAAUUACAGUCUGCAAAUAAAUCCAGCCAGUUAUGUGAACCCAGACCACUUACUUUAUUUUAAAUUCAUAGGAAGAUUUAUCGCAAUGGCACUAUAUCACGGAAGAUUUAUUUAUUCUGGUUUCACGAUGCCUUUUUACAAGAGAAUGUUAAAUAAGAAACUAACUAUGAAAGAUAUUGAAUCCAUCGACCCCGAAUUUUAUAAUUCGUUAGUUUGGAUCAAAGAUAACAAUAUCGACGAAUGUGGCCUUGAAAUGUGGUUUAGUGUCGACUUCGAAGUUUUGGGGCAAGUGAUACAUCACGAGUUGAAACCAUCAGGUGAUAAAGAACGUGUCACAGAGGCUAACAAGGAGCAAUAUUUACAAUUAGUUACACAAUGGCGUAUGACUCGAGGAAUUGAAGAACAAACGAUCGCUUUUCUCGAUGGCUUCAAUGAGGUGGUGCCGCUGGAGUGGCUGAAGUACUUCGACGAGCGUGAGCUGGAGCUGAUGCUGUGCGGCAUGCAGGAGGUGGACGUGGACGACUGGCAGCGCAACACCAUCUACCGGCACUACACGCGCACCAGCAAGCAGGUCGCCUGGUUCUGGCAGUUCGUGAGGCAAAUGGAUAACGAGAAACGGGCACGAUUACUUCAAUUUGUAACUGGUACUUGUAGAGUACCAGUAGGUGGUUUUGCCGAACUAAUGGGCUCUAAUGGACCUCAGCGCUUCUGUAUAGAAAAGGUCGGUAAGGACACAUGGCUGCCGAGGUCUCAUACGUGCUUCAAUCGUCUCGAUUUACCACCUUAUAAAAGCUAUGAACAGUUGUGCGAGAAAUUAAACUACGCAAUCGAAGAAACCGAAGGUUUUGGUCAGGAGUAAAUGAUUUUGCUAGUAGCACUAGUAGAAUAUUGUAAAUUAUUAUUACUUUUAUUUUAAUGCACCAACAUCCAUGAAAUGAUCCUUUUAUUCAAUUGGACUCGGUGCCGUCGUAAAAAAGACCAACCAAAUACUUGUAUGAAUAUUUGUUUACUAAACAAUAAUUUUAUUAUGUAGAUAUCUUUAGUGUAUUAUUGCAAUUAUAUAAGAUAUAUUUUGUUUGAACUAUAUUUAUAAAGUUCGUCUAUAAAGUUCAAUAAAAAUCUUUUAAAA